GGGAAUCUGCGCGGGGAGAGGGGAGAAGUAUUCCCAGAGAAGGGCUAGGAGAAAGGCACGAGGAUUGGGGCUGCUCGCAGGUGUCGGACUUCUUAAAAACAUCUGUCGGCUGUGCCUGGGGCCCAGGGACAAAGCGGCAACGGGAGCGGAGCAGGAACAACCCAGUACCGGCCUACAGAGAUGAAAUCCAAAAGAUUUUUCUGUGAAGAAUAAAGCUGGUUAAAGCUUUAGGAAGAAACUGAGGAGUCUGCUAUAAUUUUUAUUUCAGUGUGAAGAUCUCUGCUUUGACUUGAUGUCAAUGGUUUACGGGCUGGUUCCAAAACACUCAAAGGUACCAAAGCACUCCAAGCAACCUCUGAACAAUUCAAGCGAGUUGUGUGCGUUUAUUUGAUAUGUUGGAGUCUACAGAGAAUCUUCAUGGAUUCUAAUGCUGACAUCAGUGCAAGAAGAGUGUCAGGAAUGGAUUGGCUCUGGAUGGUCUGCUUCUUUCAUCUAGUCACUUCACUAGAAGAAAUACUUCUGGAUACAACUGGAGAAACCUCAGAGAUUGGCUGGACCUCUCACCCUCCUGAUGGGUGGGAAGAAGUAAGUGUCCGGGAUGAUAAGGAGCGCCAGAUCCGAACCUUUCAAGUUUGUAACAUGGAUGAACCAGGUCAAAAUAACUGGUUGCGUACGCACUUCAUAGAGCGACGUGGAGCCCACCGAGUCCAUGUCCGCCUACAUUUCUCAGUGAGAGACUGUGCCAGCAUGCGUACUGUGGCCUCUACUUGCAAAGAGACUUUCACACUCUACUACCACCAGUCAAAUGUCGACAUAGCCUCUCAGGAACUGCCAGAGUGGCACGAAGGCCCCUGGACCAAAGUGGAUACUAUUGCAGCUGAUGAAAGCUUUUCCCAGGUGGACAGAACUGGGAAGGUGGUAAGGAUGAACGUUAAAGUACGUAGCUUUGGGCCACUCACAAAGCAUGGCUUCUACCUGGCCUUCCAGGACUCAGGAGCCUGUAUGUCCUUGGUGGCAGUCCAGGUCUUUUUCUACAAGUGUCCAGCUGUGGUGAAAGGAUUUGCCUCCUUCCCUGAAACUUUUGCUGGAGGAGAAAAGACCUCACUGGUGGAGUCACCAGGGACAUGUGUAGCAAAUGCUGAAGAGGCAAGCACAACUGGGUCUUCAGGUGUUCGGUUGCACUGCAAUGGAGAAGGAGAGUGGAUGGUGGCCACUGGACGAUGCUCUUGCAAGGCUGGUUACCAGUCUGUUGACAGCGAACAAGCUUGUCAAGCCUGUCCCAUUGGUUCCUUUAAAGCAUCUGUGGGAGAUGACCCUUGUCUUCUCUGCCCUGCCCACAGCCACACUCCACUGCCAGGUUCCAUUGAAUGUGUGUGUCAAAAUCACUACUACCGAUCUGCUUCUGACAAUUCUGAUGCUCCAUGCACUGGCAUCCCUUCUGCUCCCCGUGACCUCAGCUAUGAAAUUGUUGGAUCCAGCGUGCUCCUGACCUGGCGCCUCCCCAAGGACUUGGGUGGCCGCAAGGAUGUUUUCUUCAAUGUCAUCUGCAAAGAAUGCCCAACAAGGUCAGCAGGGACAUGUGUGCGCUGUGGGGACAAUGUACAAUUUGAGCCACGACAAGUGGGCCUGACAGAAAGUCGUGUUCAAGUCUCCAACCUACUGGCCCGUGUGCAGUACACUUUUGAGAUCCAGGCUGUCAAUUUGGUGACUGAGUUGAGUUCAGAAGCACCCCAGUAUGCUACCAUCAACGUUAGCACCAGCCAGUCAGUGCCCUCCUCAAUCCCUAUGAUGCAUCAGGUGAGUCGUGCUACCAGUAGCAUCACACUGUCUUGGCCUCAACCAGACCAGCCCAAUGGGGUUAUCCUGGAUUACCAGCUACGGUACUUUGACAAGGCAGAAGAUGAGGAUAAUUCAUUUACUUUGACUAGUGAAACUAACAUGGCCACUAUAUUAAAUCUGAGUCCAGGCAAGAUCUAUGUCUUCCAAGUACGAGCUAGAACAGCAGUAGGUUAUGGCCCAUACAGUGGAAAGAUGUAUUUCCAGACUUUAACGGGAGGAGAGCACUCGGAGAUGGCACAGGACCGACUGCCACUUAUUGUGGGCUCAGCACUUGGUGGUCUAGCUUUCUUGGUAAUUGCUGCCAUUGCCAUUCUUGCCAUCAUCUUCAAGAGUAAGAGACAAGAGACACCAUACACAGACCGCCUGCAGCAGUAUAUCAGUACACGAGGACUUGGAGUGAAGUAUUACAUUGAUCCUUCCACGUAUGAAGAUCCCAACGAAGCUAUUCGGGAGUUUGCCAAGGAGAUUGAUGUGUCCUUCAUCAAAAUUGAGGAAGUCAUUGGAUCAGGAGAAUUUGGAGAGGUGUGCUUUGGGCGCCUAAAACACCCAGGGAAACGUGAAUACACAGUAGCUAUUAAAACCCUGAAGUCAGGUUAUACUGAUGAACAGCGUCGAGAGUUCCUGAGUGAGGCCAGCAUCAUGGGGCAAUUUGAGCAUCCCAAUGUCAUCCACCUGGAGGGUGUGGUCACCAAAAGCCGACCAGUCAUGAUUGUCACAGAGUUCAUGGAGAAUGGAUCGCUGGAUUCCUUCCUCAGGCAGAAGGAGGGACAGUUCAGUGUGUUACAGCUGGUGGGAAUGCUACGAGGGAUUGCAGCAGGCAUGCGCUACCUUUCAGACAUGAACUAUGUGCAUCGUGAUCUCGCAGCACGUAACAUCUUAGUCAAUAGUAACCUUGUAUGCAAGGUCUCAGACUUUGGUUUGUCCCGCUUUCUUGAAGAUGAUGCUUCAAAUCCCACUUACACUGGAGCUCUGGGUUGCAAAAUCCCCAUCCGUUGGACUGCCCCUGAAGCUGUCCAGUAUCGCAAGUUCACUUCCUCCAGUGAUGUCUGGAGCUAUGGCAUUGUCAUGUGGGAGGUGAUGUCCUAUGGUGAGAGACCUUACUGGGACAUGUCCAACCAGGAUGUAAUUAAUGCCAUUGACCAGGACUAUCGCCUACCACCACCCCCAGACUGCCCAACUGUUUUGCAUCUGCUGAUGCUUGACUGCUGGCAGAAGGAACGAGUCCAGAGACCAAAAUUUGAACAAAUAGUCAGUGCCCUAGAUAAAAUGAUCCGCAAGCCAUCUGCUCUCAAAGCCACUGGCACUGGGAGCAGCAGACCAUCUCAACCUCUCUUGAGCAACUCCCCUCCAGAUUUUCCUUCACUCAGCAAUGCCCAUGAGUGGUUGGAUGCCAUCAAGAUGGGUUGUUACAAGGAGAAUUUUGACCAGGCUGGUCUGAAUACAUUUGAUGUCGUAUCACGCAUGACUCUGGAAGAUCUCCAGCGUAUUGGAAUCACCCUGGUUGGUCACCAGAAAAAGAUUCUAAACAGCAUCCAGCUCAUGAAAGUUCAUUUGAAUCAGCUUGAACCAGUUGAAGUGUGAUGCUUUAAUUCUUUAUUUCACCAGACUCGAAUUCUGAGAGGAUUCAGAGGGAUUGUCACUGUAAGAAAAGGAAAUGGCAAGAUGCUCCUUGAAGACUUAUUGCACCUAGAGAGUAGACAUUACAUGUCCCAUUUCAUCAGCAAAAAGAGAAUCUUGCCAUGAUUCAAAAGCAGAGCUUUUAGCUCUGCUAGCUGGUGGUGUUUAAAUAUGGCUGGCAUGCACUAGGAGUAGGUCAGGGGAGGGAAGGUUAUAGUAAUGCAGGGGGAGCUGGUAUAAUAGUUUGGACAGAUCACAAGCACCUGCUAGCUCUUCUCCACUAACUAAAAAUAUCAGACAAUUCUCCAAACGUCAUCAGCAGGCUUUAUCUGUGACUGGGAACUCAACAAAGUGGUAAAGACAUAAAAGCCACAAAGAAAUCAGAAUUUUUCCAGAAGAAUAUCAGCAUAUUGUGAGAGAUUAUCACUCAGUUGGAAAUGGACAUUGCUUCCAUCUGCAGUAUGCCAGAAUAGUGAGAAAGUGGAGUUCCACUUAAUGCAUAGUAUUGGUAAACAAUGAGAUACAUCACCUGGUAAUUUUUCACAGUGGUUAAGAGUAAAGGGGUUGAAAUUCUGUGCUAUAACAUAUGCAGUUCUUUGGGUCUGUCCCAUGAUCCAGAAGGGAAACUUACUAAUCCAUUGUUCUGAGGCAAGGAACAACAAGACUUAGAUGCAUAGCAUCUAUCUAUGGGAGUGUAAACAGAAUAAAAAAUAAUGGUUCAUAAAAUCCAUCCUGCUGAAUUUUCAAUUGGAGAGCCCAUUCUUAAGAAGAAAGGUGCAAGUUGCACUCAGUUCUGGUUUCUUUCUUUUCUAACUCUCCUCCAGUCCCUCCCCUCUACCCAGAUAUGCAGAUAUGGAAGGGAGUAACAGAAAUAAAUCUGAAGUCCUUUGCAAUUGAAAAAUGUUUUCUACUUUUCUCACCCUGACAAGUCAUAGCAGUCCACACUAAUACUGAUUGAAAACUGUUUCUGAGGAAAAUGCAGAUCUGCAGUAGUCAAUUCCAAAUAGACAAUUGGAUCAAAGGAUAUGAAACUCCUUCACAAAUUCUUGUCAGAGAACAGUACCAGUCACAGCAGUAACUUCAGUCUCUAAAAUAAGAAUAACUAUGUUCUCGGGAUCAAUCAUACUGCCUGGUCAGUAGUGCAUGAGAAUGACCAGAGGAGUCAGAUUCUCUCUCCCUUUUUAGAUAGACUGCCUAAGAAAAGAUCUCUUUGUGGAGGGGAAGAGCUUCAAGACUUAGGAUGUAUCCCAGUGUCUGUCACUGAGCAGAAGCAGGAAAACAAGAAGCUCAGCUUGAAAGUAAAAUUCAACCAAUACACUUGUUCACCUCAUCAAGGCAUAAGAAAGGAAAUGGAAAUAGCCUUGCUAAGCAAGACCACAAUUAAGACACUGCAUAAAAAUAUACAUUCUUCAUGUCUGGAGUGACUCACCGUUCUGAUCUGUGAAUGAUUUGGUUCACCAUGAACUAGUCAUCAAUCACUGUAUUUUUCCAGCUGUCAGGGUUAGAGUUGCACUUCAGCAGUACUAAUUCCUGUAUAGUUUUAAGAGUUUCCCCCAGCAAUUAAAAGAUAUAAAUCACUUUUUUCACUUAUGAAUCUCAUUAUACAAUAGGAGGUGCACCAGAAUAGUUGCGCUCCAAUAGCCAACACAGUUCAGAUUAUUACAACAUAAGAGCAACAUAUGCUAACAUUUUCAGUUGGAAGAGUAAGAGCAGAAGUACAUUUUUUCAAGAAAUAAAAAGUCAAUCCAAAAACAAUCCAAAGGAAUAAGAACAAAACAUUCGUAACAGUACAAAGAGAACGUGAAGAUUUUUUUUAAAUGAACAAAUCUAGAAGUGGUCCACCUGUAAAAAGCAAGAUUCUAUAACUUUUAAAAGAAUUUCUCGGAUCUUGUAAUGCUCAGAAAUCCAAGGUUUUGUGUAUGCUGACUAUCAGUUACACCCACAGUGUAUGAGACUGAGCAAGAGUUGCUCUCUUCAGAAAGGCUACUGAGCAGAAAGUGUUGAGGGGAAUCUAGGGUUUCUAGCACCUUCCACAGAGGGCACAAACACGUGUACAUGCAUUCAUAUAUGAGUAUGUUUUAACAGAGAAACAGCAGGCUAUGUUUUUCAUACACAGUGGUCCCUUUUAGUGGUCAAGAUUAGUGGAGAAAUUAAUGAUCUAGUUCAAAUUCUGUCUCUUUUUAGUCCAGUGGAAACUUAAUCCUACGUGCUUUUUCAGCACUUAAUUUUUCUGCAGUAGGAAACAAAAUAGGAGCCUUGUCUUACUCUCAGACUAGUGACAGUGAGGUUUAAUAGCCUUCUAUGGGGAUCUGCAAUGAAUUUAUCUGCUUGGUGAGAAUGCAGGCAAUAGUACAUUUACUGUUGCAUACCAAGUCUAUGAUAAAGUUGUUUACACAUACAAAGGAUAAUGAUUUACUUGCUUAUUGUAUCUUAACCUGGCAGCUAAAUACCACACAGUUAUUUGCUCACUCUCCCACCUACCCCCCUAUAUAGAAUGAGAGAGAGAAUCUGUAAUAAAAUAGAACUUAUGGGUUGAGAUAAAAAAAGUAUUUACUAAGGCAGAAGAGGAAAACGGAAACAGAAAAGCAAUUAUAGAAUAUAUAUAGCCACAAGGCAAUUAUUCAGCAAUAAAUACAACAUCGCACCAGCAAUGCAAGGUCUCCUUCACACUGAUUAGUGCUCCCACAACCCCGGAGCAGCAACUGUUCUCUGGCCAACUCCCCAUAGCAUUAUGGCCUUCCCCAUAGUGUCAUUAGUAAGGCACCUGUCCUGGCUCUGUCCCAUCCCCUGCACCAUCAUGGCAUCUGCUGUUCUCCACACUCCGUUGCUCAGGAACAACCAAACAUCCAUCCAAUGCAAUUGGCACUGUUUCAUCUGCAAUCAGGACACUGCUAUACCAGGAUAGGUAAGUAGUGAUAAGACAUCAUAAAUCUCCCUGUUUUUGAGUUUGGUUGAAAUAUUCCUACAACUGGCCAAAGGGGUCAAUAUUCAAGAUGUCCUGUUGUAGCUAGAGUUGUGCAGAGAGAGGUUUGAGGUAGCAGAUGGAAUGCAAAAGGGCAACUGUCUUCUGUAAGAGGUCCCUUUAUAUAUUCUCAGGGGAUCCCUAUUUUUCCUCGUAACUUGGGGUGCAAAGACUGUUGUGUUUAAUAUAUCUUGUGUGAUUUGUCAUCAUGUCACUCCUCAACUUCGCAAAUAUGAAGGAAAGGUAAUCCUGUACUAGUGAAUAAGCAAAAGAUAAGAUGGAAAAAAAAGCACUAAAAAUAAUAUCCUGAUCUCACUUUACUCAAUCCUAUGUGAAAAUAGAAAUCUCACUUUCUGUUCCAACAGACAUCGGUGGGGAUCUUCUGCAAUAUAUGAGCACCCUUAACAAGUAGAAAUCAGAAUCAGAAGGGAAAACAGUGGGAUCCACCUAGACAUCUGCUAUCUGUAAUUACUAGAAAAAAAGAGAAACAAUACAAUAAAGUUUUACAGACCCAUAUUAUCUGCUGGAGAGUCAGCUGGGAGAUUAAGAAGUUAUUAUAUGGAGUAAAUGUGGAUAAUAAUAUCUGUAAUGUGUAUAAUAGGCAUUACAGGAUGCAGAAGCAGAAGAAAUAAAGAACAUCCAUGGCUUCCAUGAGACCAGCGUAACAAAUACAAAAGUCACAUUUUUCUAAUCACCUUGAAAUUCAUUAAUGACUUUAUGAUUUUUGUUAUUGGUAUUCCACAUCACAUAGCUAUAAUUAUCACCUAGUCUCACCUCUGCUUGUAAGUGUUCAGUUUUUCCCUCCAUAAGGAAAUCCACAACUCUUAUGAACUGAACUGUCCACAUGUCUUUGAGACACAAGUUCUAUCUCUUCCGAAACUGGAAAGCAGUCUGUCCUUUCCAUCAGAUUCAUCACAAUUCAGAAGAGGGAAUUAUGUAACUGAACUGUUCUCUUACCUGCAUUUUCCAAAGUUCAUCCUGCUUGCAAGCCACUCUCCACAGGGUGGCAUCCAUCACAGCAAUGAGCAAGCUGAGCACAAAGAGAGCGGCAGAAGCAGUGAAGGUUAAAUAUCUGAUGCAAUACAUGAGGGGUAGGUCUAUUUCACUGGUGGCAGGUCCAUUCAUCUUGGUAAAGAACUCGUAAGUACUGAAAAGCUGUUUAAUGUAGUUGUGAAAGUGGCCAUCAGGAUCUUGGGUCUGGAAGAUGGUUUAAAAAGCUAGCAAAGAAAACAAAGGACGAAAAAUACAAAAAAAGAAGAAAACUGAAGGCCACUGUCAUGGCCCUUGCCAGCAUAAUCUGAUAAUCUGUAAACUAUAGUAUCGGAUUUUAGCCCAAACAUCUGUGUCAUCCUGGUCUCUCCUAUGUAUCCUAGUUUCAGUUGGGGCAGUUAAAUUUCUUCCUGGUAGCUGGUAUGAUGUUGUGUUUUGGAUUUAGGAUCAGAACAACGUUGAUCACAUACCAACAUCCUCGUUGCUGAGUGGCACUUACACUAGGUCAAGGACUUUUCAGUUUCGCAUGUUGUCCUGACAGCAAGGAAGUCAGAGGUGCACCAGGAGCUGAGAGAGGGCUGAACCAGAAUAGCUGAUCCAAAAUGGCCAGAGGUAUUUUCCAUACUACAUGACAUCAUGCUGAACAAUAAAACUGCAGUAGUUGGCCAGGGGAUGCUUUUGCUGCUGGGGAGCUGGAA